CCUUAAUAUGAAGUCAACAAUUUUGCUGAGCUGCCUGGUGGUCAUCAUCGGAAGCCUCGUGUGGACAGUCAGUGCCCAACAGGACUUUGAAUCUAAAAAGGAGCGAGUGAUUCAGUUCUACCAGAGUGCUACUUCGGAUUCUAUUGGAAAUAGCAAGGUCGUCUUUCUGGUGGAAUUUCUCGAAAAAUACGGCAAGCAGAUUCAGUUGACACCCGAACUCCAAUCCGAAGCUGAAUUUCUAGUGCAGAAAUACAAUGAGGAGAAAACCAAGCAACCUUUGGUGGAAGGUGCGCCGCCUCAAGGCGGUUGGAUUACCAAACUUUUAAAGGAUCUCGCUAUUAAGCUGGGCGUCGCACUUGUCGAGGAAAUUAAAAAAGGAGCUCGGUCUGAGGGCUAGACAGCGUACAGGUUUUUUUUAUAGCGUUAUGAUGUUAUAAGGACUAUGUGUUUCUAAUAAAUUGGAAAUAAUCGACAUAGA